UGAACUACCACCAUCACUACUGCUGAUGACGAUAACAACUCCCUUCUGGAUAUUUCUAGGAUCAGCGCGAUACCCAGUGGCGAUUUUAUUUCAUGUGUUACAUGCCAUCACUCUCUAUCACUGCCACUGACGACGACGACCACGAAGACAAUUCCGCCCUGGAUAUAUGGCAACUUAUUUCGUGGUUUUCCGCCGCGGUUCUUCGACUAUUCAACAUUCAUUCACCGCGACGUUUACUGCUAUGAAUUCGGACAGACUACCGAUAUCGCCAUCUACCACGAAACGUUGCGUUCCUUCUCAGCUUAUGCUCCGCCGAUGUUCCCGAACGUGUCUGUUGGGCAGUAUGUCAGAGACACGGGCGGUGUGGGUCGCGUGAUCAUCCCAUGGGACGUGUGGAGCAAGGGUAAGGUUGAGGCGUUUACUGUAUCCUCGGGCGAGUCGAUGGUGGAUGGAUCUUGGUCUGCCAUUGUCGAAAGACCGUCGCUUGACGAUCCAUGACUUUGGUAUCUGGUGGGGUGUGGGACCGAAGCCUACUGGUAGCGGAGGCAAGAGAGUCCUCAAUAGAUCUGUCGGUUAUAAUGAGCCCAUCGUACAAUUUAGGGAGAAUCGCGG